GACGAAGAAGAAGCAGAAGAAGAAGAAACAGACGAAGAAGAAACAGACGAAGAAGAAGAAGAAGAAAAAACAGAAGAAGAAGAAACAACAGAAGAAGAAGAAACAGAAGAAGAAGAAGCAGAAGCAGUCCAGCAGAUGGCAGCACGCACCGUUUCCGUGCCGGAGACAGGUAGAAGAAGACACUCACCAGGAAGCAGAGCAGGUCUCACCACGGGAGAGGAACGUGAGACAGGAUGGAGAGCCCGGAGCUGUCCUUCACUCUGGCUUAUGUGGUGCUGUCUCUCUGCUUCGUCUUUACGCCCAACGAGUUCCGGUCGGCCGGUCUGACCAUCCAGAACCUGUUCUCGUCCUGGCUGGGGAGCGAGGACGUGGGCUUCAUACAGUACCACGUCCGGAGGACCAGCGUCACCCUGCUGGUCCACUCCGCGCUGCCUCUAGGUUACUACAUGGGGAUGUGUAUCGCUGCUCCAGAGAAGAACCUGGGAUACAUUCACCAGGUGAGUGACGGCUGGAGAGCGUUUCUCCUCCUCUCUCUCUGCAUCCAGUUGACCAGCUGGACGCUCGUCAUCUACUGGUCUCGGCGUCGCUGGCACAACCAUCCAAUCUGCCGGGCCUUGCAGGCCCACAUACAUCCUCCUCACCCGGGCUGGGGCUCCGUGGCAACCAGCGUCAACACAGAGUUCAGACGCAUAGACAAGUUUGCUUCGGGGGCUCCUGGAGCCAGAGUGAUCGUCACUGACAGCUGGGUGUUAAAGGUGACCACCUAUCACGUUUACAUGGCCCUACAGACUGAAUGUCAUGUGACAGUGACAGAGUCCAGGCAGCACCAGCUGAGUCCAGACUCAGCCUCCCCAGCACAGAUCUUGACCCUGAGAGUGGAAAGCAUCAACCCUGCUGUCAGACCCUUUGAUAUCAGGCUCCUCUCUACAGAGUAUGCAGAGCUCAGGGAGAAGCUCCAUGCUCCAAUCAGAAGCUCUCCCAAUGUAGUGAUCCACCAAACCAUGAGCGAGCUCUUCCUGGAGACAUUCAGAGCUCAGGUGGACCUCAAUCAACCCUACACACUCCCCAGUGGGCAGGAGGUGGAGCCAUGUAUAGGGUGUAUGCAGGUUCCAGCAAACACCAAGCUGGUCAGACUCUGCCAGGCUGAAGGAUCCGAUAACGAGUCAGAGUGCCAGCAGUGUUUCUGCAGACCCAUGUGGUGUCUGUCCUGUCUCGGUCGAUGGUUCGCCAGCCGCCAAGACCAGCAGAGACCUGAGACCUGGUUGUCCAGCAGAGUCCCCUGUCCCACCUGUAGAGCCAAAUUCUGUAUACUGGACAUCUGUGCGGUCCACUGACGAGACUAAGAAGAUCCCAACAGACUUUUCCCGCUCAAAAUAUUGUGUGUUUAUAAACAACACUCAGCAGCGGACGGGACGGUGGACUGAGCUGAGUUAUCAACCUGCUCAUUCUGUGCUUUCAAUAAGGAGUGAUCAUGAGGCACGCUCUGAUAAACGUUUGUUUUGAACCCCAACAUGAUGUCAAAUGGAAUGUGACACUUUGAGAGAUAUGCUAGUUUGGGGUUUGACCCUGAUCUCUGUGCAGUCAGUAAGACAUCCUGAAUGUGUUAAGGUUAGCACAAAGACUGAGUGCAGGGAGGAAAUCCAAUUUGAAGUUAUAAAGUACAAUAUAAAGACAAUUUACUCAACAUCUAAAUGUUAAAGCAACCUUUAAGAGCAACUCCCAAGUGAUCACAUGGUUAUUCACAGGAAUAGAAUGCGGUGGGUCCUCACCUUUGAAAUGUUCUGCAUUCUUGUGAAUUUUUAUGCAUAAUUUAAAUAACUGAAAACACGUAAUUCAGCUGGUAGGGGACAAUAAAGAAAAUAUGAAUUAGUGAAUAUAAUGCAGUAAGGCUCUCAAGACAUUCUGUAUUGCUUUCAAAUAUAAAUUCUCCUGUAGAUUGACCUUUCUUAUUAAAUGCUCUCUCUGCUGAGUCAGCACAUAUGAAGUCAUGAUUCACUUCCCUCCUCUUUAGUGUACUUGUUUCGGGAAGCAACCUCCUGUCUGGGAUUGAGCAGCUUCUCUUCUUGACCUUGGUGCCUCUCCUCUAUUCUCUCCUCAUCUAUUCUUUCCCUUCUGAAGUAAAGCAACUUUCACACUGGACAAAAACCCAUUAACACCCACGAACAUCUGGCCUCUGCCUUCAGUGGGAAAGAUUAUAAUCAGGCAUUCAUUCCGGAGACAAAUGAGUCUGCAGGAUUUAAGGCUGUUUUUUGGAUGGAAACAUAUUUGGACACUUUAACGGCUUAAUGCUAUGUGAAGCACAUUGAAGUGAAUAUAUUAUAAAUAAAAUCAACAGGGAUUUGGAAAAUGAUGAGAAUGUAUUAAUAUUAUCUCCUCAAAGACACCAGACUCCAGUCAGACCACAGUGAUCUCACCUCGCUGAUCAUCGAGACACAAUUCAUUCAAUUUAA